UCCAGACAUUUUGUACCGCAGACUCAUCCGUUAGGAGCAGUUUCCGUCACUCGGUUGGGGUUUAAAACCGUUGUUCUCUGCCGAACCGUUUACCUUCAGAGCCCGGUACCCGUCAGUUUAAACGGUUCUGCCCGUGUCCAGCAGCGUUAGCUCGGUGUCACUGGAGUUCUGAGGUGAAAUUAGAGGAAUAAUGUCGUCGGGAAGCCCUGAAUACUCGUCGUUCUUCGCAGUGAUGGGCGCAUCAGCAGCGAUGGUCUUCAGCGCGUUGGGCGCGGCGUAUGGCACGGCGAAGAGCGGCACGGGGAUCGCUGCCAUGUCCGUGAUGCGUCCGGAGCUGAUCAUGAAGUCCAUCAUUCCUGUGGUCAUGGCGGGAAUCAUCGCUAUAUACGGGCUGGUGGUGGCCGUCCUCAUCGCCAACAGCAUCUCAGACAAGAUCACUCUGUACAAGAGUUUCUUGCAUCUGGGCGCAGGGCUGAGUGUGGGUCUGAGUGGGCUGGCGGCCGGGUUCGCCAUCGGCAUCGUGGGAGACGCGGGCGUCCGUGGCACCGCCCAGCAGCCGCGCCUCUUCGUCGGCAUGAUCCUCAUUCUGAUCUUCGCUGAAGUUCUGGGUCUCUACGGCCUCAUCGUAGCCCUGAUUCUCUCAACCAAAUAAACUGGCAGCCAGCAUGUGGCGCUGCCGGACCGCAAGACGGGCACACGGAACAAAAAGUGGGAAGGGAGGAAAAAAAUAAUAGGUACUAAAACUAAAAUGAAAUUAGAGGAAUUGAGAGGUGGGGAAAUAAUCCUACGCAUUAUAACAGGCUCUGCGUGUUGAAAGUGUACAGUCGUCUCUGAUAUUUUGAUUUCUUGUAAAUGCGGUAUAUAGUGAUUUCGUCCUGUGUCUGUGAAGAAAAAAAAUAUCUAUAAUAAUAAUAAUUAAUGCUGUAA